AUGGUGGACUCGAGCGGCGCCACCAGGUUCCUCACGGGAGUGUGGAACGGGCUAUGGUUCAGCGGCAUCCCGGAGAUGGCGUCCUACGCCGACGAGUUCGCGUACCAGAUGAUGGUGAGCCCCGGCGAGAUCAGAUACGGCGCCUCGGGUGGGACCCUGGCAGCCGGCGCGUGGAACAACUUCUUCCAGGGGCCCCGGGACAUCUGCGACAAGUACGACAUGUGCAGACCGUCCGGCGUGUGGAACGCCAGCGCGGCGGCGAUGUCGCGCCGUGGGGUUCAGCCCCGUGUCCCAGACGGGUGCCGGCAGAACGUGCCGCUGGACUGCGGCGGCGAUGGCGAUGGUGACGGUGGCAGGAGGUCCACCGGCAGCACCGACUGGUUCGCCGUUUUGCCGGGAGUGAAGCUGCCGGACAUGGUCGACUCGCGGUCGCUGGACACGAGCGUCACGUUGGAUCAGUGCAGGGCGAGGUGCCUUGCCAACUGCUCCUGCGUGGCGUAUGCCGCGGCGGACAUACGAGGAGGAGGCGACGGCACAGGAUGCCUCAUGUGGGCACGAAACCUCAUUGACCUACGGGAAACCAACGGAUCGCGCGUUGCUGAAUUGGCAAAGGAGGCUGCAAAUAAUCCAGGGGAUUGCCGAGGGCGUGAAGCACCUGCACGAGGGAGAGGGGUCGGCCGGCAACGUGAUCCACCGGGAUCUGAAGCCGGCCAAUGUGCUGCUGGAUGGCGGAUGGCAAGCCAGGUGGCCGACUUCGGGACGGCCAAACAGCUGCAGCUCCCUGCUGCUGGAGCUACAGGGACUCGGACGAUAAUCGGCACACCUGGCUACAUGGCUCCGGAGUAUGUUCAGAGCGAAGGUGGCGAGACGACGCUGAAUUGCGACGUCUACAGCUUCGGCGUCACGUUGCUGGAGACGUUGGCUGGCCGGAGGAACUGGGAGAGGCAAAGCCUCGUUUCAGAAGCCUGGAGGCUGUGGGCCGAACGCAGCAUUACGGCGCUCCUUGACUCCGAGGUUGCACCGGCGCCUGCCAAGCCCGAGCUUCGUCAGCUAGGCAGGUGCAUCCAUGUCGGGCUCCUUUGCGUCCAGGAAAAGCCGGGCGAUCGGCCAUCCAUGUCCGAGGUUGUGGAGAUGCUGAGCAGCAGUACCAGCGCGCAGCAGCAGCUUGUUGAGCCCAGGGUGCCCAUGGUCGGCAGUAGGAUUCUGGCUAUGAUUCUGGAGUCAGAUGCAGAUGCAGCAGACCUCUCGAGGCCGACAGUGUACGAGACAAUGGGCCAGACUCGAACAUAA